UCCACGACGAGCCACUUGAGGAGACCAUGUGCCCUUCGAGGACAAAAGGGGUUUCCUUCUACUCGGUGCCGCACUACCAGGAGAACGCGUACCAUCUCCACAACGACAACUUUAUGCCGACCUCCACCAACAUCCUAUCCACCCCUUGCCUUUGCGACGGGGUGGAGCUGUCCAGCUGCAACCGUAUCGAAAAGACCAAUGUGCGCACUCCGCAGUUAAAGCAAAAGCACGGCAGCACCAAUCCAGAGUUUCUGGAUGUUUUCAACACGCUGUUCAACCACACGUUGCAUCUCAACAAAGGCGCGCACGGCACCAACCUCGGUGAGAUGCGCGUAGGUUUUAUCUUCCACGCCGCGUUUAUGCGCGAUGUGAAGCCCCUUCGGGAUGCUUGGGCUGCUGAAGGAAUACAUAUGAACGACUGGCGCUACAACGGAAGUGACAGCCUCAAGAAAAUGGUCGGGUCUCUGUCGGGCUAUGACAUCUACCUCGGAGUGCAUGGAGCAGAACUGACGAACGUUCUUUACGGCAACCAAGGGUUGGUUCUCGUUGAGGUCAUGAGCGAGGGUUGGGACAAGGCUCGGAGAGGAGGUUUCAUCAAACUCCGGACCCUGCCGGCGUCACGUGAGUCGCGUUCAGCUGUGCCACUUGGAUCCGUUAUUACCCCUUCGCUCACAACGACAACGCUGGCAAAACGUGGCAGCUAA